CAGCGUGCCGCGAGACGAGGAAGCGGCGGUUGGGAAGGUACCACUGAGGGGGUAGGGGGGCUGCGUGGAGCCCCCGUUUUCUCUGGCGCUCCUCCCCCCCGACCGAAGAAGGCCCGGUAUUCCUUACCUCGGGCUCGUCUCUCCAUCAUGGGAGAGAUUAAAGUCUCUCCGGACUAUAACUGGUUUAGAAGCACAGUUCCUCUGAAAAAGAUUAUAGUAGACGACGACGACAGUAAAGUGUGGUCCCUCUACGAUGCGGGGCCUCGGAGUAUCAGGUGCCCCCUUAUAUUGCUCCCACCAGUCAGUGGCACUGCGGACGUGUUCUUUCAGCAGAUCUUAGCCCUGUCAGGAUGGGGCUACAGAGUCAUUGCUUUGCAGUAUCCAGUUUACUGGGAUAUCUUUGAGUUCUGCGACGGAUUCAGAAAACUCUUAGAUCAUCUGCAGCUGGAUAAAGUUCACCUAUUUGGUGCUUCUUUGGGAGGCUUCCUGGCCCAGAAGUUUGCAGAAUACACUCAUAAAUCGCCCAGAGUCCAGUCUCUGAUUCUAUGCAACGCUUUCAGUGACACCUCGAUCUUCAACCAGACAUGGACGGCAAACAGCUUUUGGCUGCUGCCCGCCUUUAUGUUGAAGAAAAUCGUUCUCGGGAACUUUGCUUCUGGCCCCAUGGAUCCAGAAAUGGCCGACGGAAUCGAUUUCAUGGUCGAUAGGUUGGAAAGCCUGGGUCAAAGCGAGCUCGCUUCAAGACUCACCCUCAAUUGCCAGAAUUCGUACGUGGAACCUCACAAAAUCAGAGACAUCCCCGUAACUAUCAUGGACGUCUUCGACCAGAGCGCUCUUUCGACCGAAGCCAAGGAAGAAAUGUAUAAGCUGUACCCCAAUGCCAGGAGGGCCCACCUGAAGACGGGGGGCAACUUCCCCUAUCUCUGCAGAAGUGCCGAGGUCAACCUCUACGUCCAGAUACACUUGCUUCAGUUCCACGGUACCAGAUACGCCGCCAUCGACCCCUCCAUGGUCAGCGCAGAAGAACUCGCGGUCCAGAAAGCCAACCUCCAAGCCAGCAGUGACCAAGAGCAGGCCCCGUAGCUCUCGCACUCGUGGCCUUGCUUCAGUCCAGAGCGUCUUUUUUUUGCAGUCUUCCCCGGCAGUGGCAUCUUUGCAGUCCGCCUUUUCCCUUACUACUUUAACCGAUGGGUCAGACCUUGUUUCCUUAAGCCGAUUUCAUGAAAUGAAAUAAAGGUACCAACACUUGCUCACGUCACUGUUCUAGCGGGCUAUCCUCGUUUAAAUUUGGAUGGUUAAGGAUGUAACUUUGGAAGACUUGUUUAAAACAAAACAAAAAAUCAGAGACAAACUUUUGCUACCAAAGCCUUCACAACUGUGUUCUUAAAGAGACUAUUUUUUUUAAAAUACGCAUACAGUUUGUGUGUCCCUGUGUGUAUAUGUUUGUGUUUGUAUGUAUAUAUCACGAGCAAAUUUGUCCAGAGGGCCAUUUAAUCAUUUGAUUGAAUAUUUACUUUAAGGAAAAAAAACCUAUGUUGAUGUGCCAAUGUUGCCUUCUCUUUUUCUUUUAUAUCCUUUUUUGCCAACCGGUGACUUCGUUUGUGACUGAAACAUUCAUUUUUUUGUAAAACUG